UACACAGAGCCAUGUUGGCUACGACAAGUACAACCACAAUUACCUCGGAUCCGGGCAUCCUCUGUUUUCAUCACUGCAACGUGAAAGUUUUCUGCUUCACUUUGCCGCACACUUGUCCCCAUUGCAAUGCCCCACUGGACGCGGAUGUGGAUGCGAAUGCGGAUGGGGAUACGAAUGCGGAUGCGAAUGCGGAUCCAAAUGCGGAACUAGACAGGGGUGGUCCCCGUCUGCUGCUCCUGCCCUUUCGCUUGCCAUAUCCUUUUGUGCGGGCCACACAGUAUCCAUGCGCCAUUGUCCUGCGUCCCUCCACCGGCGAUUUCCUCAACGAUUACAGCAACGCCACCGAUUUGCAUAUCGCAGUGACCACAUCCGGCGGCGACAUCGUCGAGUUCGAUCGCUUUGGCCUGCGCCGCCAUCGGCGGGAUGAUAAUCCGCCGGAGUGGCGGCAAUCGCUGAUGGUGGGCGAUGUGCCGGAGCCGUGGCACGACUUUUGGGACGAAGUCCUGCAGCAGAUCUGCGCCCAGUCGGUGCGGUGGUCCAUCGCCAGUUAUGCAGAGGAGAGCCACAACUGCUACGCCUUCGUCCUGGCCUUCCUGCAGGCCCUGGGCCACGCCCACCUGAGCGAGGCCGCCCGCAGCAAGACCGCCUUCUGUGAACAGUGCAUUGUUCCAAGGACGACGACGGCGGGAAAGUACAUCUCGUUGUAUCGCAAAAUUCGACGGAGUGGAAUCUACGUCCAUCGCCAGCAGCCCAAAAAUCGCAGUAAGCCAACAGCAUCCGCAACUCCUUCAAGUUCCUAUUCCUCGAAUGUAUGCGAUGGUGUUGGCAGCAGCAGCCAAAAGGUCUCAAAAAAAGGAUAUUCAAGCAGCAUUAUUGCCGGUAUUGCCUCCCGCCCACGGCCCACUCUGUGCACCAUCGAAGAGUAAUUAAAUCGAUGUGGGGAACUCUUGUAUUAACUGUGUUUAUCAUAUUGUAACAUUUUAAGUCCUUAUAGUGAAAUUUAAAAUAAUUGAUCUUAAAUAAAACUG